AUGCCAGUCGUCAAGAAAGCAUCCAAAAAGGGCAUACGGAGGAAGAUCCUUAGUGGUGUCGAACUCGAGAGGAUGCGGGCGGAGGAGUCGGAAAAGCGGUGUCGGCAGCUGAUGCUAUUGCAGAGUCGCCUGCGCGAGAUUAUUGCGGAAGAGAAGGAUAUGUCCAACACAGUCUCUGGGUCCAUCGAUGCUCGCUGGAUGCGCUUUUUGCGUGUGUGCAAGCAGCGGGAGCUAGUGGCCGAAAUAGAGGUGCUUCGACGGACGUUCGAGACGACUCUGGACCGAAAGGAAGCCUCCUCUGCGGCGCUUUUGGAGCAGCUGAGUGUGGCGGAGGAGCAGUGUCGUCAUGUCUUUCGCUCUCACAUGGAUGUUGUCAGCUCUCUGCGAGAGCUGCACGUUGCGCGCACAAAGGACCUGGAGGGAGAGCUCGAAGCCACUGUUGUAGAGAUGCAGCAGGACUUCGAGUAUGAGAGGGCCGAGUUGGAGCUGAAGCACCGGAUUGAGAUGGAUGACCUGCGACUGGUUCUGGACAACAUGGCGGCCGAGGCAGAGAUGUUGGAGAAGAAGCUGCAGGAGGAGACGUCUGAGGGUCGCGAAACGGCUGCCGAGAAGAUGGAAGAGGAAAAGAGGCAGAUGGAAAUAGACCUCAGCAAGGCCGAGGAUGCUCUCCGCGGUGAGCUGGACUCACGCUACAAGAAUUUCAUGUCUACUGCACAGGGAAACAUGAAGGAGUACACGGUGAAGUGUAAGGAGGACCAGGACACAACGGAGCGUAUUGCUGCCCAGCUGCGCAAGAUCGAAAAACUGCAAAGCAGCGUUUCCUCGUGGCGCACCAACAUCGCUCGUAACGCAAAAGAGUGGGAAAGCCGUAACGCAGCUAUCCAGGCAGAACGGGACGCUACACUAGCUCACCUGAAGAGACUGAAAGAGAAGAUGCAGCGGUGGCGGCAGCUGCAAUCGAGGGCACUCGUGGAGCUUGUGAAGGAGGCGAGCGCAACCGAGGAAGCGCUGCAGGCGACCUCGAAGCGAGCCGCGCGUCUUCUGCGGCUAGUGGAGCUGUGCAAGCCGAUGGAGACGGAGCGCGAGCAGGUUCUUUUGCACGAGGCGAAUAUUUCAGCUGCGGCAGCCGAAGGCGAAGCAAAGCGGCGUAUUGCCACCAGCGGUUUUGGGAACGAGCGGAACGAUGGCCUGCCUGGUGACAAUGGCGCACCGGCUGCAAAUGAGAAGUGGUUCUCGCUGGACCGCUUCUGGGUGAAGCACAACAAGGUGGUGCUAGAUAAUGCAGCGUUGGCGCAGGAGCGCUUUCUUUUAGAGGAGGAGAACCGAGGUUUGCAGGAGGUUCUCAAACAGUACUUGGAGGAUGUCUCCAUCAGCGAUGAAGUGAUGCGUCAGAGCAACACCCUUCUUCGCACAAAGGUAGCCAACCCCAACGUCGUUCAGGCCGCGAACGCGCGCGACGGUGGGAGCGUGAGGGGCUACAAUGUUGUGGAGGGAAACAAAUUUGUCAACGACCAGGUCCGCCACACCAUCAAGCACUAG